AAACGCUUCGUAUCUUAUAGUGGGGAAUCAAUCUCUCUCUUCACUACUCCACUUGUGGGUUCUGGUUUUUUUGUUACGCUCACCAAAACGGCUCUCACGCAGGCCAAAAGCUUCACCGUUUCGGUUCCUGCUUAGGGUUUCCUUCUCGCAUAGUCAAAUGCCGCGCGGAGUCGAUACUUCGCUCUUCGCACUCUCCAGCUCCAAAUCCCCUCCGCGUUUUUCACCCACCAUGCAUUGAUUCUUCUUCCUCCUCUUCUCUUCAGUGGUGGCAGUUCUGGUAUGGAAGUGUAUGAUAUUUCUGAAACUAGAAACCAUGAUGCACAUAUGAUUGAAGGUACUGAUUUAAAUUCACACUUCUCAAGCCCAAAUCUUGGACGAACUGAGGUGAUGGCUAACGAAGGAACCCCUGAGUUUUAUGUUGAUCAGAACAUGUAUUACCCUACUUCCAACAAUUAUGGGUAUUACUGUACAGGUUUUGAAACACCCGGGGAAUGGGAGGACCACCAUAGGAUUUUUGGUGUAGAUGGUCCCAAUGUUCAGUACGCGGGUGCACAAAAUGAAAGUUUGCCGUAUGUAUAUUAUAGCUAUGGAUAUGCACAGUCUCCAUACAAUCCAUAUAAUCCUUAUAUUCCUGGUGCUAUGAUUGGAACUGAUGGCUCAUUUGGAGGAGGACAACAUUAUUACACCCUCCCCAAUUAUCAGAACCCAGUUUCUGCCUCUGGUUAUAUUCCCAUUAUUCCGCCAGACACUUUUUAUGAUAGUUCUGCAGAUUCCUUUUUUGGAGCCAGUGCUUCUGUCAGUAAACCUGAUGGAAGAGGUUUGAAACAUAAGUUCAAUUCAGCUUCUGGUAACUUUUCUAGGAACUCUUCAAAAUUUUUAUCAAAUCAGACAAGUUCCUUGGCCAGGGUGUCAGAAGGGCCGAGGGGUAAUGAUGUGAGGAAGCAAGAUUUAACACAUGCAAGUGUGUCCGGUAGUAGUUUUCUCAAUUUAGCUUCACCAGCUGUUCAUCAGUCUGCAGUUGCUAAACUUAGGCCGAAGCUUCACCCAGGCAAAGUUCCAAGUGGUGGAAAUGGAAGCUCUGACAUAUUGGGUGAGCAAAAUCGGGGCCCUAGAGUUGGAAGAUCAAAAAACCAAUUGUCUUUGAAAGCCUAUACAACGGUGACAGGAGAUGGUAAUGAGCAGGGGAACAUUGUCAUUUAUACUGAUCAAUACAACAAGGAAGAUUUUUCUCUUGACUAUGAAAAUGCAAAGUUUUUUGUUAUAAAAUCUUACAGUGAGGAUGAUGUGCACAAAAGCAUUAAAUAUAAUGUGUGGUCAUCAACACCUCAUGGAAAUAAGAAGCUGGAGAGUGCUUAUGAGGAUGCACAGAAAAUAGCAGCUGAAAAGUCUGGAGUCUGCCCCAUCUUUCUAUUUUUUUCUGUCAAUGCAAGUGGGCAGUUCUGCGGGGUUGCAGAGAUGGUUGGUACAGUGGAUUUUAAUAAGAAUAUGGACUUUUGGCAGCAAGACAAAUGGAGUGGAAGCUUUCCUGUAAAGUGGCACUUCAUUAAAGAUGUACCAAAUCCAAAUUUUAGGCACAUUAUACUGGUGAACAAUGAAAAUAAGCCAGUAACUAACAGUAGAGACACACAAGAGAUAGUGUAUUUGAAAGGUUUGGAAAUGCUGAAAAUAUUCAAAAAUCACACAUUGAAGACAUCUUUACUUGAUGACUUUAUCUACUAUGAAAGCCGACAAAAGAUCAUGCUGGAUGAGAAAGCCAAGUUGCUUGGCAAGAACUUUGAUAGUCCAAUAUUUGCACCUGUAUUGGAAGCUCCCCAAAAGCUGAAUUUUACGUCAACUGGUAAUUAUGAGAAGAAUUUGAAGCCCCAGGAUGAUUCGGAUGGCUUAAAACAGAUUCCAGUUUCAAGUCUUGAGCAGAUUCCUAGUAAUUCUAGUGGUACUAGCAUCAAGCCUGUGGAUGAGAAAGCUGAUAAAACUGUUGCUAAAGAUAUUUCUUCUAUCUUAAAGAUUGGUUCAGUCACUAUUGCUCCCAAACAGGUUGAGGCUAAACAAUCCAUCAGCAUUGAUAAUAAAGAACCAGUUGAUGUCCUUACAGUAGGCUCGAUGCAGGUCAAAGUCAAUGGGUUUGGUUCAUCAUCUGGAUUCUUGAAGGUUGGCAGCAUCCCACUUGAUGGAAGAGCAUUGCAACCGGGAAAAGGAGAUACUUCCGUUAAAACCAGAUCACAACGGUAAAUUUUGCUUUGCGUUUGAAGCAACAUCUCGGUAAAGAUGGAUUAACGGUUGCCCGAUUGGAUUUUACAAUUGGGAUGUUGAUUUUGUUUUUGAUCAUUGUGUUUCCUACAUAGUUCAUUUGCCAAUGAUGAUGUUUUGCUGCAAGGCUGUUAUAUCUUGGGCCUUUAGACGGUGUUGAUUGGAUAGUGUAAUGUCCUCAAUUUUAUUUGUGCUUUUCGCCUGCCGGUUCUCAACAUUCAAGGAGUGAGUGAGUUUGUUCAUCCAAUCUGUGUUGAGAAACCUGCUUGAACAUCCCGCCACAUAGUCGAGUGAGUCUGCUUUAUUGACAAGAUCACAUUUCUAUUCUAUUGUUUUGAAUGUAGUUCAUCCUUAUUUGGUUAAAAGAUGAGCAAAUGUAACAAUUGAUUAAACGAGCUUUCUAAGGUGAGAGUAUAUCAAUGUCUAGUGUAUUAAUUCUUGUACCUUAUAAUCUAAUCUAAGGUGGAAUCAGAUCAACGUGUUGUCGUUGGAAA